GCUUUUCCUCCUAUCACUCGUUUGCAAAUACUCCGGCACACGAGAUACACAUUCUUUUACUAAAUCCGGUUUCUUUCAAAGUUUAAAGACAUUAUACAAAGGACUAAGGAGGAGGUUUUCUUAAAUUGCUCGUCUUAAACGAGCAAUGGAAGAAAUAUUGUCGGAGGGGAAAAAUUUCAGAUUACUUGAAGACUCAGAACUGCCAGACAUAAUUGAAUUUAUUGGACAAUUUUUACCUCACUCAAUUAAGUUCCACCAAACACUGAAAACCUAUUUGAACGAUCGUGUUUGGGACUUCCAUUUCUACGUGACGAAAACGUGGCCUGAUCAACCCGUAAUCCUCCACUUUCCUGGUAUGACAAAAACGCCUAACGGGAAAAUUUACGAAAGCUUCAGUGUUUUUUGUCCCUGCGAUCAACUGGAGCAUUUGCAACUUUUAGCAGAAGAAGAUGUUCUAAUCGAUUGGACACAACCAAUCUAUCUCAACUUUACACACGCUAACAUUAUGAAUAAAAUCGAAGAAUUUUACAGUAAGAUAGGAACGAUAGAAAAACAAUAUGGAGACAUUUAUGUUAUUACCGAACCAACCAAGGAGGAAGACAGUACAAAUGUGGUAUUCGCAGAGGAUGCGGAGAUGCUGCAGUUGACUCCCGAGAAUGCUCAAACCAUCCACGAGUUAUACCCCGCAAAUCACAUGGAAUGUGUUGAAAUUUUUGAAAAACUAAUCGAAAAACUCCCUUGUUAUGGAGUGUUCUCAGCUACAGGUGAACUAGCAGCGUGGAUGGUCCAAUCCUAUUAUGGAGCAAUGUUUUCGAUGCAAACGCGACCUGAAUAUAGGAGAAAAGGCUACGGUCUUAUCCUCGCCAAGUACCUGACCAAAGUGGUGACAGAAAGGGGUUAUCUACCUUUCGUCGUCAUCCGUCCUGAAAAUGACGCAUCCAAAGCUCUGUAUGCUAAAUUAGGGUUUAAAAAACAUUUCGAAACUGUGAGGGCUAUUUUGCGUCCGCACGAAAGGGCCAAUGACGAGCAAGGGGGAGGGACGGAGAAGCAGUAAAGUGAUUUGAAACUUUAUUUUUUCUAGCAGAAAAUAUUUAUUAGGCUGCUGACGCACAUUUUAAGCUAGCAGCUUACAACCGAUUAGCUUUUUUUUAUGAAUUGAGAAAUUUUUCUAUCGCUUCCAAAAUUACAGACUGCUCUGCAAAAAAUUAUUCAAAAACUGCGACUUCCAUCUUCGGUGGGCUACAAAAGUACAAAUUGCACUUUAAAUCUUCUGCACAGGAAAGGAAAGUAGAAUACAAAUUACGAUCCUACAUAUCUCUGACAGUUAUUUGCUCAGCACUAAAUAGAAAAUAACACCAAAGCUAAAUUAUGCAUGAGCAAAGAAUAUUUUUUGUUUUUGUUCCUGUUUUGUGCAGAGAAAUUAAAGAAAAAUGCACAUUCACAUAUGUAUACUUCACUCAAAUUCUUCAAGCAACGAUAAUUUAUUAUUAGAUUUCCAAGUAUUGUGCGCUACAAUUUUUGAAGCCCAUCAACUUUACUCUCGAGGCUUAAUUUAACAAAAUAUCUCUAAUAUAACCGAUUAUUAAAUGAGGAAAUUGUAUAAUAAAUAAUGAAAAAUAUAUUACUGCUUAAGAAAUUUAUAAAGGUUGACAAUUUGAUUGGUUUAAAAAUUGUUUCAGUCACAAUGUAAGACACCUGUUUGUUUUUGUGUCGUUCAGUCUCAAGUCUUUGAGUAAUUUAUUGUAUAAAUUUGGAUGAGAAUUCAAUUAGACUUUUUAAAACAUCCUUCCUCAUAAGGGCUGUGCUAUUCAUAUAUAAGACAAGAAAAAAUCAAGUAAAAAUGUACCUUGUUUCAAUUUUUUUAAUACGGUACGAAAAAGCACAUUUUGUAUACAUACUUACUAUUUGCCACUAAAACGUUUUUAUUUGUCUCAUUCCUCACUUUGUAGUAACGAACACAAAAACAACAUGGUUAGAACACAGGCAAGGGAAAAGUGUAACGAUGUGCUACAUGUGCGUUUACUUACAUACUUCUAAAAUGCUCAAAUCGUAUUGCAUAAAAAUUUUGACAAAACCGUAACAAACAAUGGAUUUUUUGGGAACCGUGUGUAGUGUCUACUUAUGAAUUAACUUUAUAUACUGUGAUUAAAGACUAUCAAAGACUGAAAUGGGGAAACAUUGUCUAGAAAGGGUUAGUGUAGGUGUUUUAUAUUUUGGCAUGGUUGCGGUUGUGUCAAUUCUAGCGCACGUGUAGUCACCAAAGAUCGUUUAGUGCUUUAAAUCCACCAUAUCUAAUUUUUAUAGGAUGGUGUAAAAACUUUAGGAUGAAAUCUUAGGACGAUUGUAAGCUGGCUCUUUAACUUCCUGUUGUCAGUUUCAAUUUUAUGAAACUUUCAAAAAGAUAGUGCAGGCCGGCCAUUGUGAUAUUUAAUUGUAGUUUCUAAUACAGCAGAAAAAUAAGCUUUGAUUAUACGCACUAGAGUAUAGUCAAAGAGGUGUAUUAGUUUUCGAAAACUAAAAAAGCGUUGCCUAUAUCUUUUUAAAUUAUUGCGGCAAAGUGCGCUUGUUGCCCAGUUAAAAAAUCAUCCUCUUUAUGAAAUAAACAGAUUGGCGUUGACAGUUUUUAAUAUAAUAUUACAAUAAAAAUCAUUCCAUUCAUUAAUUUAAAUUGUGUGUAAUACUUAGGCCUAUAGAAGAUAGAGAUACACAUGAUUAGAAUGACCAAAGAGGAGUUCCCUAAAUGCAAACGAGGCAAUAAUAAAAACUUCUAGAAGUUUGCAUCUAGGUGACUAACCAUCGAAUAUAUUUUACUUCAUCAAAAAUAAAAAUAUAA